AUGUUAGGGACUGUGAAGAUGGAAGGGCAUGAGAGCAACGACUGGAACAGCUACUACGCGGACACGCAGGAGGCCUACUCCUCUGUCCCCGUCAGCAACAUGAACUCCGGCCUGGGCUCCAUGAACUCCAUGAACACCUACAUGACCAUGAACACCAUGACCACGAGCGGCAACAUGACCCCGGCUUCCUUCAACAUGUCCUACGCCAACCCGGGCUUAGGGGCCGGCCUGAGUCCCGGGGCUGUGGCCGGCAUGCCCGGGGGCUCUGCAGGCGCCAUGAACAGCAUGACUGCGGCGGGCGUCACGGCCAUGGGUGCUGCACUGAGCCCGGGAGGCAUGGGCUCCAUGGGCGCACAGCCCGCGGCCUCCAUGAAUGGCCUGGGUCCCUACGCUGCCGCCAUGAACCCGUGCAUGAGCCCCAUGGCGUACGCACCGUCCAACCUGGGCCGCAGCCGCGCGGGGGGCGGCGGCGACGCCAAGACGUUCAAGCGCAGCUACCCUCACGCCAAGCCCCCCUACUCCUACAUCUCGCUCAUCACCAUGGCCAUCCAGCAGGCGCCCAGCAAGAUGCUCACGCUGAGCGAGAUCUACCAGUGGAUCAUGGACCUCUUCCCCUAUUACCGUCAGAACCAGCAGCGCUGGCAGAACUCCAUCCGCCACUCGCUGUCUUUCAACGAUUGUUUCGUCAAGGUGGCGCGAUCCCCGGACAAGCCGGGCAAGGGCUCCUACUGGACGCUGCACCCGGACUCCGGCAACAUGUUCGAGAACGGCUGCUACUUGCGCCGUCAAAAGCGCUUCAAGUGUGAGAAGCAGCCGGGGGCCGGAGGUGGGAGCGGGGCCGGCGGCUCCAAGGGGGUCCCAGAAAGCCGCAAGGACCCCUCAGGGCCCGGGAUCCCCAGCGCCGAGUCACCCCUCCACCGGGGUGUGCACGGAAAGGCUAGCCAGCUAGAGGGCGCGCCGGCACCCGGGCCCGCCGCCAGCCCCCAGACUCUGGACCACAGCGGGGCCACGGCGACAGGGGGCGCUUCGGAGUUGAAGUCUCCAGCGUCUUCAUCUGCGCCCCCCAUAAGCUCCGGGCCAGGGGCGCUGGCAUCUGUACCCCCCUCUCACCCGGCGCACGGCCUGGCACCCCACGAAUCUCAGCUGCACCUGAAAGGGGACCCCCACUACUCCUUUAAUCACCCCUUCUCCAUCAACAACCUCAUGUCCUCCUCCGAGCAGCAGCACAAGCUGGACUUCAAGGCAUACGAGCAGGCGCUUCAGUACUCUCCGUACGGCGCCACCUUGCCCGCCAGUCUGCCCCUUGGCAGCGCCUCAGUGGCCACGAGGAGCCCCAUCGAGCCCUCAGCCCUGGAGCCGGCCUACUACCAAGGUGUGUAUUCCAGACCCGUGCUAAAUACUUCCUAG